AUGGCAACAAGAGCGGCGUACUUUUCCCCGUCGGAGGCAGAAAUCCUCAUGGAGGCUUACGAAGAGGUAAAGGAUCAAAUCAAAAAGAAAGCAGUCAAAAAAAAAAAAAAACACAAGCAAGGCACGGGUGGUGGGUCACCAUCAGCUGACCUCACCCCAGCAGAGGACAUAGCCUUGGCACAAAACAAAGGCAGGCCUGUGUUGGAGGGGAUCCCUGGGGGGACAGACACAAACAUAUGUCCCUCCCAAGAUGCCACCCGCUUCAUACAAGGUGAAUUCUCUGGUGUGUUGCUGGGGGACAGGGGGUAUGCCUGCCAGCCUUUUCUCCUCACACCAUACACAGACCCUCAGGAAGCACAGCAGGCCUAUAAUCAUGCCCAUGCCAGGACAAGGGCCAGGAUCGAAAUGACCUUUGGCCUCCUGAAGGCACGCUUUCACUGUCUUAACCACUUAAGGGUCAGCCCUUUGAGGGCAUGUGACAUCACUGUGGCCUGUGCUGUCCUCCACAAUGUGGCCUGCCUGAGGAAGGAGAGGGCCCCCAGAGUGCCAUCACACAUGGACUGGGACAAUCCUGCCAUCUUCCCUGAUGACGACAGUGGUCGGCUGGUCAGGGACCAAUAUGUGUUAAAUUAUUUUAGUUAACAUGCAUGCAUUAAAUUUCAGUUAAAUAUGUCCUGCAGUG